AUGCCCCGAGCCGCUCCGCUCCUCUUGCUGCUGCUGCUCGCUCUGACCCAGCGCCGUGUCUGCCUUCCCGGGCCAGCCACUGCCGCGCCCCCCGACAGAGACCCCUGCCUCAGCCAGCCCUGCCGCAACAACGGCACCUGCUCGCCAAUACCGGCCCGGGGCCCCGCCGCGACCCGCCGCCUCCAGCUGCUCCUGCCCCAGCCUCCGGCCGCCUACAGCUGCGCCUGCCCCGCGGGAGUCACCGGCACCUUCUGUCAGUUUGUUUCAGAUCCUUGUGCCAGCAACCCCUGUCACCAUGGUAACUGCAGCACUACCAGUGAUGGCUACCUCUGUCUCUGUAGUGAAGGCUAUGAGGGAACAAACUGUGAACACUCAAUCCACAGCCUUCCAGUCUCUGAACGGACAGAGAUGACAUCAGCAGAACACAGCAGAGUAGUCUCAUCCACUCUGGAACCUGACAUUGUUCUUCCUCGUUCAAAAGCAACUGUGACGUUACCUACAUGGCAGCCAAAAGCUGGACAAAAAGUUGUAGAUCUGAAAUGGGAUGAAACAGAGAUAACCCCAGAUGUAGCUUGUGGAAAUGCCAGUUCCAAUAACUCUGCUGGGGGCCGGCUUGUCUCCUUUGAAGUUCCACAGAAUACAUCAAUAAAAAUAAGGCAAGAUGCUACUGCUUCUCUUAUCCUGCUAUGGAAGGUCACAACCACUGGAUUUAAACAGUGUUCACUUAUUGAUGGCAGAAGUGUCACUCUUCUCCAGGCACUGGGUGGACUUGUUCUUUCUGAAGAAAUGCUUGCAUUAGGAAACAACUACUUUAUUGGUUUUCUGAAUGAUUCAGUUACUAAAUGCAUUGUGGCUCUACGCUUGACUGUGAUAGUGAAAGUCAGUACCUGCAUGCCUGUGGGAAGCCAUUCAGAUAACUUCCAGUGUUCGGGGAAAGGAAAAUGUAUCACUAAACCAGAUGAGGCAACCUUUUUCUGUGAAUGUGAGGAUGAGUACCGGGGUUCCCUCUGUGAAGAAUUUGAUGCUUGUCAGAGCCAGCCCUGUCAGAACAAUGCAACCUGCACUGAUGUAGCACAGAAACAUGACAGGAAUAAUUUCACCUGCACCUGCCUACCUGGUUAUACAGGAGAGCUGUGCCAGUCAGAGAUCGAUCAUUGCAUCCAGGAACCAUGCCAAAAUGGAGGUACCUGCUCAUCCAACAUCAAUGGAUUCAGUUGUCAGUGCCCGGAAGGAUUUUUAGGAAGCUCAUGUGAAGAAAAAAUAGACCCUUGUGCAUCAUCUCCGUGCCAGAACAAUGGAACCUGUUAUGCAGACAGACUUGCCUUCUCCUGCAGUUGUAGUCCUGGAUUUACAGGACCUACAUGUGCUCAGCUUAUUGACUUCUGUGCUCUGAAUCCUUGUGCACAUGGCAUUUGUCGUAGUGUUGGAACCAGCUAUAGAUGCCUCUGUAUCCCUGGUUACCAUGGCCUUUACUGCGAAGAGGAAUAUAACGAAUGUCUUUCUGCACCCUGCCAGAACGGAGCCACCUGCAGAGACCUUGUCAACAGCUAUGAGUGUGUGUGCCUUGCUGAGUAUGAAGGAAGGCACUGUGAAUUGUACAAAGAUCCUUGUCUUAACAUCAACUGUCAGAACGGUGGCACUUGUGACAGUGAAGGCCUAAAUGCUACAUGUAUCUGUGCACCUGGAUAUGCAGGUGAAGAUUGUGAAAUUGAUGUAAAUGACUGCGACAGCAAUCCAUGUCACCAUGCUGGAACUUGCAUAGAUCAACCUGGUGGUUACACCUGCCAUUGUCCACAUGGAUGGGUCGGUGCAAACUGCGAAAUACAUCUGCAGUGGAAGUCUGGACAUAUGGCAGAGAGCCUAACAAAUAUGCCUCGUCACUCCCUCUACAUCAUAAUUGGGGCUCUUUGUGUGGCGUUUGUCCUGAUGCUGAUCAUUCUGAUUGUGGGAAUAUGUCGUAUCAGCCGCAUUGAAUAUCAAGGCUCUUCCAGACCAGCCUAUGAAGAAUUUUACAACUGUAGAAGCAUUGACAGUGAAUUCAGUAGUGCAAUUGCUUCUAUCCGACAUGCCAGGUUUGGCAAGAAAUCCCGACCUGCAAUGUAUGAUGCAACCCCCAUUGCUUACGAAGAUUACAGCCCAGAUGACAAACCUUUGGUUACACUGAUUAAGACAAAAGAUUUGUAA